CCAUGGCUUCAGGGAACCACUUACACCAAGGUCUUCGUCGGCGGCCUGGCCUGGGAAACUCAAAGCGACACCAUGCGCCGUUACUUUGACCAGUUCGGGGACAUUCUUGAGGCGGUAGUCAUCACCGAUAAGAACACCGGCCGAUCCAAGGGCUACGGUUUUGUGACCUUCCGGGAUCCAGAGUCUGCUAGGAGGGCCUGUGCCGAUCCCACCCCAGUCAUUGAUGGCAGACGAGCAAACUGCAAUUUGGCAUCGCUUGGGAGGCCACGGCAGCCAAUGUCUUACGUAGGGCGCUUGAGACCAGCUACCCCAUAUGUUGCCAAUGUGCAAGCUGGAAGGGGAGCUUAUGUUGGAGGUGUUGGCUACCAGCAGCAGCUUCCUUAUAACUACCAGCAAGGAUUGGUAUAUCAUCCAUAUGGCUAUGCAGCCUAUGGGCCUGAAUAUGUUUACCCACAGGGUGUCUACAACCCUUAUUCUGGCCAACAGUACCUUCAGAUAUACGGAGUACCCGGGGCGGUCAACACAACUGUUUAUCCCUAUGGACAGGUAGGUCAAACAGUUUAUGGUGGUCACUCAUAUCCCGCAAUGCAGGGAUAUGCCAUGCCAGGCCAUCAGCUGGUGCAGUUUGGUGCUCCCAGCGUUAGUGGUAUGACGACUUCAGCUAUGCCCUCAAUUCAAGCACCAUAUCCAGCAGGGAUAGCAACACAUGUUCCUGCACAACCACAGUUUAUGGUUCCUUCUCCUUCUCAGUAUAUGCAAGGCAGCGGUUCUGACCAAACAGCUGGGUGAGGAGUUGAUCCAGGUAUUCCUUAAGACUGCAGCAGGACUAAGAGCAGCGGAACUGCUACUUGAGUGGCGGGCUUCGAAUCUAUAGCCUUGCAAGCCAUUUUACUUUGCAUUCUAGAGGUCAUACAUAGUCAUGCUCACCAUAGAUGUUCAUAGCCAUCAUCGUGUGUCCGAGUCGCUCCAUGUGGUGGAGAAGGAAGGAAUGUGGGAGGAAAAGGGGGGAAUUUGGGAACAGAGAAAUCAGUCCUUGUUUCCUAAUGCCCUCCAGUCAUGCUGCUGCUGCUUACAGAGCUCAGGGAGAGUCUCCUGUUGGCAGUAGUAGUGUACAUGUGGCCGGGAUGCCAGAAGCCAUGGGAGGUUGAUCUGGCAACUGUAUUAUAUAUAUUUCCAUAUAGGUGUAAAAAAGCAAAGGAAGAUGGAUGGGGACAAACUUGUAGGAAGGUACAAAGGUGUCGACAAGGGUUAGAAUCAACAUAUGAUUCUUUUUAGGGUUCUUAGCUGGUCUUUUCUUUCUUUCUUCACCAAUCCAGAACCCCCAGCAUUGGAUUUGGAGUGUAUAAUAGUCACAGAAGUAGAGGAGCUUAGUCACGAUGGGGUGGUGGACCCACCCCUCUCUGCAUCAUCGUCAUCAUCAUCAUGUGUCAUAUUUGUCGUUAGUUAAGACAACAGGACAGGAAACAGCAUCAUGGAAGCAGUUUUUCAUUUUCUGUAGGGAAUUACCAGUUGUUUAAAACAACUUCUGUCCUUUAUUUCCCCUGUGUUGCUUUUGUUCCUGUUCAGUGAUGCUGUACAAGUCUUCCUUGUAAUUCUCAUGGGAGUUGUUGUAAUUAUGGGAAGCUCUCUUUCAGCCUCCGACCUCAAAGCAUGAGGGAGGAGGUUUUUCUUCUUCUUUACCAUCAUCUUCUUCAUUCAUUAUGUUUUUGUUUUGCUUUGGAAGCUCGAGAAAAGACAGAAGACAUGAUUGGCAAAGAGUAUUAUAGUUGGAGGAGAAACAGGUUCAUUGAACUCUUUUCUUUUGGGUGGGAAAACUGGUCAAGUGAAUAGACUAAAGGAAGGAAUAUGUAUCGAGUGUGUAUGGC